ACCACCAUUAAUAAAAAGGAUUGUGUUUUGGUGGUGUCACUUUAAAUAAACACAAGAAGCUAUAAUUCAAGGAAAAGCAAACAAAGUAGGCUUAAAGGUUGCCUCUAAGCUUCAAACUAUAGACUUGUAUAAGUUUUCUAUAACUGUAGCUCUACUCAAAAUGCAUAUUUGCUUUCAUACUUUCUUCCAUAACUUACAUAACCUCUUUUCUAUAAAGAUUUGUUUGAUUGUAUGCAAGUCACACAAACAAUGGAAGGAAAACCAAUGUUUCUUCAUGGAACACUUGAAGCUACAAUCUUCCAUGCCACACCUUAUUCACCGCCGUUUCUACUCAAUUGCAUAAAUCCAACGGGAGCACCUGCAUACGUUAGCAUCAAAAUCGAUAACAAAAAGAUAGCAUCAACUAGUCAUGAAAGUGAGCGCGUUUGGAACCAAACAUUACGCGUUCUUUGUGCUCAUCCUAUAAACGCAACAUUAACGAUCACCCUCAAGACAAAAUGUUCAAUCCUCGGGAAAGUCAACAUUCAAGCUCAUCAGUUGUUAGAAAAGUCAAACCUGAUUGACGGUUUGUUUCCAGUGUGCAUGGAAAACGGGAAGCCACAUCCACAACUGAAAAUUAGAUUCAUGUUAUGGUUCAAACCCGCACAACUUGAACCAAGUUGGCGAAAAAUAAUCGACAACAGCAGAUUCAAUGGGCUGAGAGAUGCUACAUUUCCACAAAGGACUAACUGCAGUGUUACACUGUAUCAAGAUUCUCAUCACUGUCCUAUGUUUCAACCGCCGUUGGAUGUUUGUGGGUCACCAAGAAACCUUUGGGAGGAUGUUUUCGUAGCCAUUGAAGGUGCCAAACAUUUGAUUUAUAUUGCAGGGUGGUCGUUCAAUCCUCACCUGAUUCUGGUGCGGGAUUUGGAAACAAAUAUUCCACAUGCAAGAGGAAUAAAGCUCGGUGAACUGCUGAAACGAAAAGCAGAGGAAGGUGUAGCAGUAAGAAUCAUGAUCUGGGAUGAUGAAACUUCACUACCAGUAAUAAAAAACAAAGGAGUAAUGGGAACCGAUGACGAAAACGCCCUCGCAUUCUUCAAAAACACAAAAGUAGUAUGCAAACUGAGCCCUAGAUUAAACCACAAUUUCCCAACAAUGUUCACCCACCAUCAAAAAACCAUCACAGUUGACACACGCGCACAAACAUCUUCAAGCAAACGCGAAAUCAUUAGCUUUAUCGGGGGCAUUGAUCUAUGCAACGGCCGAUAUGAUACAGAACAACACUCGCUGUUUAGAACGCUAAAUACCGAACCACAAGUGAAUGAUUUCUACCAAACGAGUAUACCCGGAGCGAGCUUUCGUAAAGGCGGGCCGAGAGAACCAUGGCAUGAUUCGCAUGCGUGCGUUAUCGGAGAAGCUGCACGCGAUAUAAUGCGCAAUUUUGAGCAACGAUGGGAGAAACAAUUUGAUCCGUCUUUACUAGUUCGUGUUAACAAAAUAACAGAUCUUCAACAUGACUACUCGAUUACCGAAACUGAACGGAAUUGGAAUGUUCAAGUUUUCAGGUCGAUUGACCAUGUGUCGGUUCCUGUCAACGGUAACCUUCGCGUUGAACGAAGUAUACACGAAGCAUAUGUAGAAGCAAUUAGGCGAGCCGAGAGGUUUAUAUACAUUGAGAAUCAAUAUUUCAUUGGGGGGUGUCACUUAUGGGAAAAGGAUCGACAUGCAGGAUGUUGGAAUUUGAUUCCGAUCGAGAUUGCACUUAAGAUCGCAAGUAAAAUCAAAGCAAAAGAGCGGUUUGCAGUGUAUAUCGUAAUACCCAUGUGGCCAGAAGGCGGUCCCGAGAGUGAAUCUGUACAAGAUAUACUGCAUUGGACACACGAAACGAUGAAGAUGAUGUAUGGUUUGAUAGGAGAAGCCGUAAGAGAUAGUGGUGAAAAUUGGCAUCCGAAAGACUAUUUGAAUUUCUUUUGUCUUGCUAACAGGGAAGAUGAAAACGGAGGAGAGUAUGUCCCUCUGUAUUCACCUCAUUACGGAACACAAUACUGGAACGCUCAAAAACAUCGAAGAUUCAUGAUAUAUGUACACUCCAAACUCAUGAUCGUGGACGACGCUUACAUGUUAAUAGGAUCAGCAAACAUAAACCAGCGAUCCAUGGAUGGGCAACGCGACACAGAGAUUGCAAUAGGAUGCUACCAAUCACUUGAAAGCGAUAGACAGACGAAUAAACGAGAUAUUCAUGGUUAUCGUAUGUCAUUAUGGUAUGAACAUACCGGACAAACCGAAGAGGUUUUUCAAGAUCCCGAGAGUUUGAAAUGUGUGGUGAUGAUGCGUCAACUUGGGGAGCAGAUGUGGCAGAUUUAUUCGGGUGAUGAGGUCAUAGACAUGGAGGGUGUACAUCUUGUCGGUUACCCUGUUCAUGUAACGCAAGAAGGGAAGGUUGAGGACCGGGUGGACGGACGUGUCCACUUUCCCGACACGAAAGCACAAAUAAAGGGAAAACGAUGUAAAGUUCUACCGCCGAUCUUUACUACAUAAGCAAAAUGUAUUGCUGCAUCAAGAGAUUCUGUACAUAUCUUGAGAAUACCACAGGAGUUGCAUCUCUAUAUAACACAAGUUUCUAUCUAUAUAAAAAUGUAUGUAUAUUUAUGUUUCGUUUUCAAUUGAAGCUCACAAAUUUCAAUAAA